AUGCAUCGUGAACUUAAUUUUAAGAAGCUACAAAAGAAAAAAGGUAUGAAACGCUUUCAACUGACAAACCUGAAAGUGGAACAAAUCGAAAAUUCAUACAAAGAAAAGACAGAUAGAGCGAUAAUGGAAACUUAUGACGCACAAUGUAAUUUAAGCAUUGAAGAGAAAUGGGGAAACAUCAAACGAUGCAUAUUAAACAAAGCGGAUGAAGUUUUAGGGAAAAAAAAGAAACUAAAAGAAAGGAAUGGAUAA